AUGAAACAAAGUGCUGAGGAACUUCAGCCCUUCGACGAAGCAAGGGAGGGGAGCUUAAGCAUCGAGAGCAAUAUCAAAGCUUAUAUUUCCUCCAGGAAGACCAUGAAAAAGGGAAUUGCAAAUUCUCUUGCAUCGUUGAAGCAAAUGGAUAACAUAUUCAGGAACUUUCCCCAGUUAGAACAAAACCAUCAUCACUCUGUAGUGGCUGGAGUGCUUAGAGAAGCAAGCUUGACCACUACUUCCAUCUUUCACGCCCUCCUGUUAUUCCUGUCUCCAACAUUGUUUAAGCCAAAGCCUUCAAAAUGGUCAUUGGUUUCAAAAUUGGUGUGGAAAUGUCCGACAGCAUGUGAAGAGCAUCAGAACAUGAACGAGUUAGAGAGUGGAUGUCGCAGUGAGCAACUUACUACUGCAGAGUUCAACAGUGGACUUUAA